CCGUGCUUUCUAAAGCAGCGAAGAAUCAACCAAUGAAGAAGAAGCAUUUCGGAGGUUUUCCGCUUUCCCCGAAGUUCUUGACAGAUCAUCCGACUUCAGCUUGAAAGAAUUCAAGAUGGCUGCUACAGGAAACUAGGAAAGAGCUAACUCUUCUGGAUUCCACUGUGCAUGAAGCUCUCCUGAGGUUGUGGGUGUCUACGUGCUCCGUGUCCUAGCUCCUCCGGCCACUCAUCAUGUCCUCCACCUCCUCCUCCUACUCCUCCUCGGGGGAGACUAGUCCAGAGGAUGUACCCCGAGGUGGGGGCACCAUCCGAGUCUACCUCCCUAACAAACAGAGGACAGUGGUGAAUGUUCGUCAAGGACAGACUGUGUACGAGACGCUCGAUAAAGCGCUCAAAGUGAGAGGCCUGAGCCAAGACUGCUGUGCUGUAUUUCGCCUUCUAGAAGGUCGUAAGAGACUGACCGAUUGGGACACAGACAUCACUCCACUGGUUGGAGAGGAGCUUUUAGUCGAGGUCCUGGAUGAUAUUCCCCUCACCAUGCACAACUUUGUACGGAAAACCUUCUUCAAACUGGCCUACUGUGAUUUUUGCCACAAGUUUCUUUUUAACGGCUUCAGAUGUCAGACAUGCUGCUACAAAUUCCACCAGCACUGCAGUAGCAAGGUCCCUACUGUGUGUGUGGACAUGGAUACAGUGACCAAACGGGUUGAUGAGUACCCACGGAUACUAUUGCCAGAAAAUUCCCCAUCGCAGAGCAACCUAGCCUUAACCCCAGAGCCUGCUGGGAUGGACCUCCUGUCCCCGACCUCAGCGUUUCGGUUCCCCAUGCCGGGUGGAGAUGGCCAGUCUCUGCAGAGGCAUCGCUCCACCUCCACGCCCAAUGUUCAUAUGGUCAGCACAGUGGGCCCAGCUGGUACCAGCAUUAUAGAGGAAGCACUAAAAUUCAACAACACAAUGGGUCCUGAACCCUCACCAAAACCCUCCACCAGCCCACCGUCUUCUCUCGGCUCUCCGGGGAGGAGACCGCCAAAGUCUCCCUCAGAGCACAAGGAGCGCAAGCCUUCCUCGUCCGACGACAAAAAGAAAGUGCACCGAGGGGGCUACAGAGACUCGAGUUACUACUGGGAGGUCCACUCGCGAGAAGUCACCAUUCAGAAGAGAAUAGGCGCUGGCUCCUUUGGAACCGUCUUCAAGGGCAAGUGGCACGGAGACGUGGCAAUCAAGAUCCUUAAAGUCACCGAGCCGACCCCCGAACAGCUGCAGGCCUUCAAAAACGAAAUGCAGGUCUUACGGAAGACCCGCCACGUCAACAUCCUGCUGUUCAUGGGCUACAUGACUAAGCCCAACUUUGCCAUCAUCACACAGUGGUGUGAAGGCAGCAGCCUGUACCGCCAUCUGCAUGUCACAGAAACCAAGUUUGACACCAUGCGGCGCAUUGACGUGGCCAGACAAACGGCACAGGGCAUGGAUUAUCUUCAUGCGAAGAACAUCAUCCAUCGAGACCUGAAAUCAAACAAUAUUUUUCUCCACGAGGGCUGGACUGUGAAGAUCGGUGACUUCGGCUUGGCCACGGUGAAGUCUCGGUGGAGCGGCUCUCAACAGGUGGAACAGCCCAGUGGAUCCAUUCUGUGGAUGGCUCCUGAGGUGAUCCGAAUGCAGGACACCAACCCAUACACGUUCCAGUCUGAUGUCUACGGCUAUGGAGUAGUGCUGUUUGAGCUGAUGACCGGGACUCUGCCCUACUCCAUUAUCAACAACAGAGACCAGAUAAUCUUCAUGGUUGGACGCGGCUACUUGUCCCCAGACCUCAGUAAGCUGUAUAGUACCUCCCCCAAGUCCAUGAAGAGGCUCAUCAUCGACUGUCUGAAGUUCCUACGAGACGAGAGGCCCCUGUUCCCACAGAUCCUCGUGGCCAUUGAGCAGGUUCAAGACCUGCUGCCAAAAAUCGAGCGGAGUCGCUCCGAGCCGUCGCUCCAUCGGGCCGUCCAUGCUGAGGACCUGAACCCCCUUCUGUUCCACACCACCAGGCUGAUGCCCCUCUAGGGGGCAGAGAGGUCGUCUCCCAGUCUGGAACCCCAGCGUUCCCGUGCCUCAGAGGCCACAGGCCCGUCCUGGCAGACCACGACCCCCAACUCACUCCCUGCCCCCGCGGAGCCCCGGAGCGCUAAACUCAGUAACUGUAGAAUUAACUGUAAGACAUUGUCGUCCGAUAGGGAACCAUCUUUUCCUUUUUAUACGAGAGACAAAGAUCUGCUCAUUAGGUGAGAUAAUUGCUGACUGUUUCUAGAAGUAUGUUCAAAUGCCUUUGAUCAUUACAUACUCUGACCUUCUCUGAGGUAUUUUCACUUGUUUUGAGGAAAAGGUUCAAACGGAUGUUUUGCACAUAUCUUGCAAAAGUGUGUUUCCCAUUUUCAGUAGUGAGAUCGUCUGACUCGUAGCCAAAACAUUGUAAUCAGUCCAACAGUCAUAAUGCUGGAGCUCACCUGAUCAGCUCCCAUAUUUCAAACGCUCACUCGUCAUGCGCUCCUUUCAGUCAGUGUGAUGGGAGAUCUGAGAUGUGUUUUGUAAAAGAUAGGACGUGUAGUCUGUAAUCUGCAAAUGACACAUGAGCGUGAGCUCCCUUGUUACUGAGUGAAAGCUUCUCUGCACAUCAGGGCUGUAUCGAGCAGCUGGACGCUUCGUCAUAAUGUUGGAAGUCAACAUUCGAAUGCUUGUUCCAAUUAGAUUCCAGUAGUGUCCAAAAGUCUAAAUUAAUUGAAUAUGUAAGAAAUUCAGUUUGCUCUCCCACUUGCCGCACCCUGACAAGUUCUAUUCAUUAAAGACAGUUGAUAGAGUCAUAAAAAAGAGAACAUCCUUUAAUCUGAUAAAACAGAACACUUUUUUUUUCAUGAUGUUAUUUGUAAACCUCAAUCAAAGCUUCCAAAGUUCCAGAAAGACGUUCGGUGCAGCUCUGAUGCUCACGCUGUAAAAAGUGGCAGAUCGCUUCAAAUCAAAAGGUUCUUUCCUUCCACAAAGGGGUUAAUGCCUCAGAAUGACUCGUCUGAUUUGGAUGGACGUACUCAGAUGACCGAGUUCCCAUCGAGUUAAACUCCAAAGGAGCACUUGACAUGUAGAAGCUGAGCAGUUCACCCAGCAGGGCCUGGCAGAAGUGGCUGUAGUUUAACAUGAAAUGAGUGAAUUACAAUGCAUAUCUCUAACCCUCAGACCCUUAUUGAUCAGAACAGCAGGCCACAUUCAUCUGGGUCACUCGUUGUUUCCAAAGUAGCUAAACGCUACUCGUAAUGUUGGUCGCUUCCACUGGGAUGUCUUUCAGCUUGUUGUAAUGCGUUCAGAUUGAACACAGGGUUACAUUGUUCGGACCAAUAUUUUGUCAAUGUAUACAGAAGGGUUUGUCUUAUCAUUUCACUUGCCAUUCUGAUUCCAAAAUACAAGAUUUUCCCAAGUAUUUUAUUUGUGUCGGUUCAGAGAAAACCCCUUUAAAACAUCACAGGCCACUAACACCUCGCAGAAUAUUAACAAUCAAAUCUGAUGCAGAUAAAAAAAACAUGUAUAUACUGUAUUGGGACGCUUCAGGUUAUGUCAAUAGACACAUAGCGUAGCACUGGUCAAUCUACAGCAACUACUUGGUCACACUGUCGGAGUUAAGGUACUCUCCAAGAACAUAGAACUCCCAAAGCGUUCUAGACUUGUACCAGAAUGUCGUCAGGCUCCAGAUCACAGGCUUCAGGGGAGAUGGCUUUGACACGGCUGCAGUCUGAAUGUUACUGUCAGUUGUGUUGCUGCUACGUAUUGUGUGUUUGACGGGUGUCAUGGCACACACCUGAACGUGUGUUCUUACUGCUGUCCAACACUCCUGAGUGAGCUGUGACAGCGCCAUGCCCACACGCAGCCACGUCGUCUAGCACCGUAGCAUGAACACCGAGUAACACCGGUAACUGGUUCACAUGCACGGGGCUGUAUGGGGACGUGCCCCCGAGUUUCAGAGGGGUGGGCGGGCUUUUGGUUUGAGACGCAAUGUAGCCGGACCGUUGACACGAGCCAAUCAUUCCUUUUGGUUUUUGCAGUCGCGUGUUGUUCAUGGAGCUAGCUGGCCAGUAGCAUGAAUGAAGGUUGAAGGUUUGUAUGCCUUGUUACGGUUGUAGAUGACUGUCAUUGUCAACUUGAAGAUGUCUUAUCUGACAGGCACAGCUGUUCAGAACCAACUGCACACGGAUGGCAUGCGGCUUUAGUUCUCUCCUUCACCUGCUGCGUGUUUCUGUAUAGGCAUUAAGUAAUUAAGAGGACGGUCUAGACCUGCUCUCUAGGAAAAGUGUCAUAAGAUAACCUCUGUUGUAAUUGGCCGCUAUAUAAAUAUUAUUGGUGUGUAGAGGCCGUGGAUAAACCCUGUUGUACCAAUGCACCGGAGUGGCAACCCACAAAGUGCAUUGGCUCUUAAGAGGCCGAUCAAUGACACGCCCCCCCUCACGUUGUUGGGGGCUACCGAUGCCACGUUGACAGGGGGUCGUCCUCUACGGGACUCUGCUCCUAUUGGGAAGAAAAGGAACCAUUGAUCACAGCGAGUAGUUCUAUGUCAUUUGUAUUUAUUUUUCGUGGAUUCUAAAGAUGAUCCCACAGUCCACCAAAGUGUACCUGGCAGAGGGACUUUGUGCCGGUGUCUCCUCGACCUGAUCUUGGCUUCCUCCGAUCGGUGACACGAGUGGAACGUUCUCUACUUCGUGGCAGCUUUUCUCUACCAGGCUUUUGGUUGAGAACAGGUUCCUGUCGUCCACGGGGAGUUCCUCGUGGUCAACCAGAACACCUCGAUGGUUGGUUGGGUGAAGGCAGAGCAACCUCUUCAGAUUGCCUCGACUCUUUCAACUUGUGAUGGCACAUCCACGUUUUAUUCUCGUGCUUUUUUUUUUUUCUUUUUUUUUUCACGAUUUCGAAACCAUCAACUCUUCAUGAAUGUUGGUUUCCUUCUAUUUCCUUGCAACAGUGGUUGCUACUUUUUUUUGGGGGGGGGGAUGUGAUCAAUAGAGUUUAGUGCUCUGGCCUAAUUGGUAAUCAUGGAAGUAUUUGCUGAAUAAUACUACUGAGUCAUGAGUCAUAUGGUUUUUAGUGUCACCCUAGCAGCUGUGAGGGGGUGUUCUGUGAACUGGCCUCGUUUCUCUCUAUGGUUUGUGUCAGUUAUUAUUGAACUGACGGCAGAUGAGACAUUUAGACCUUGAUAUUUCAAUGUUGUGAAAAUAGGGGCUGGGUACCCUACUGUUCUUUCAUUCCAGUUCUAUCGGUGGAUCGGGGUUUUACCAGCGGGGGGCGGGGUCUUGUGAACCAGGGUUGGGAAACACUUGCUUCUGUCUAUCUCUUAUUUAUUAAUGUCUUUGCAGAUGUUCUCCAAUAAAUGUUUACAGAGAGACAUCACUCUCUGCAACAUUCACACCGUGUUCUUUGGGCCACGGUACUGUCUGCUCCUUCUGAGGUCUCCUGCAGGUGCAUUUGGAGUGGCUUGUCUUUUGAACAUCUUGAGCACACAGCGGGUGUCAAACCUUUUAGCAACACUCUGUUCGUAGGGUUUCACUACAAUAACACACUCCUGGGAGGGUAACUUGUGAUCUGGCGGGGGGCCACGACUUAUGGAGCCAGUCCUGUGGUGUUGAAGUGUAGCUUGUAAGUAUUUGAAUGACCUCAUGGCUGCUGACAUGAAAGAAACCCACCUUUUCUAAAUGAGAUGCUUUUGAUAAGCUUUGAGCAAAAGCUUUUUUUAAAUGUCACAAUGCUAAGUUCGAGCAGGUUUCCUGUAAAUCAAUGUCAUAAGUGCAUCAUGUGUCAGGAUAACUCUGGAAGGAUGUGGGAUCGUUUUGGCUCGGUGUUGUGAGUGGACUGUGUUCCUUAUGGUAUGUAAAGGAGGAAGAGCGACUGGGGAUCCAUGGAAAUGAACCUGAACACGCUACUGCGCUGCUUCUGGAGAUGUAACACGGCAGUUUGUUUCAGAGAAGAAGAGUAGUUUGAUUUUGUGUGUUUUCAUAUCUCUAGGGGAAUUGAAAUACUUGUGUUUAUAGUUUAUGAGGUGUUCAGUUUGCAAUAAAUGGUAUAUUCUUCUGUGUA